AUGGAGGUGCUCGUCAAAGGAAAACACGAGUGUGGCGAUCGAGACGAACGUGAGGAGGAAGUGAACGAGGGCGCGGCGAAAAUGGGCAAACGAAAGGCGCGGGCGAUACGUGGUGAACGGACCGAGGGGCGCGACAGGAGUAGACGGCGCCUUGUGCGGGGCGGGGCGGAUAGCGAUGGGGUGUUGCGUGCACGGUCGCAGUGGUCGCUCACGGGUGAAGGGGGGAUAUUAAUUGCAGAGCAAGAUGCUGCCAAUGGAGAUGUAGAUGCACGAUGUCCUGCUUGCCUGGGUACUUCUUUGGGUGUUCCUUCCGUCUGA